UUAAACCUGGAGUUUAUUUAGUUCCGAAGAAUUUACAAUUUUCUUGAUUUUAAGACUGUAUGAUAAUGCAAUGAUGCUAUCAUCCGAUGAUAAGAGGAUUUUUACCAACAAGCUACACCGAUUAAAAGGAGAUCUUCAUUAUUUUAUCGGAAGAAUUGAAGCACCUUAUAUUGAUCCCACGGAAACAGACAAAAGAAGAUUUUGUUCCGUGAUAAUUGAAAUGAUGGAGUUUGUUGUCCGUAGGAUAGAAAAUCUUCCGCCUGAAAUUAGUUUACCGGAGACUAAGCAUAAAACAUGGGACUCGGGCAUGCAAAAUCUCAGAGGGGAAAACGCAAAGCUCAAAGAACAACUGGAGGAAGAAAGGAAGAAAAUAACAAAACUUCGACAAAGCCGAUUGGCACAACAACAAAAUUCUUCGACAGUCGAAGAAUUGAGGUCGGAAAUUAACGAACUGAGAAAAGAGCUCGACAAAGAAAAAUCCAAAUACAAAAGAAGCACAAUACCAUUUGGAAACCACGAGAACAUGAAGAGGGUGAAAACUCCACGCGAGUUGAUAGAGGUGGACAUUGCAGAAGGAAGUGACGUCACUAGAAUGCAGACAAAAAUUAGUAAGCGGGAAGUUGAACUUGAAUCAGACAAUGGAAGACUUAAAAACCAGAUUCAAGAACUGAAGCAUUUCACACAAAAUCUGGAGAUUGAAAGAAAGGCACUUCUUGAUAGACUGAGUGAACUAUCAACAACCAAACCAAUUUCUCCAAAUAAACCAAAAGAAAGUCAUCAGCCAGAUUCCAGAACUUCCUCCUCGGUAGCAACACGUUACGCUGACCUUUAUACCAAGGACUGGACAGCGGCAUACCAAGUUCUACAAGCUGUUAUAAAGAGUGACCGAAAAGUCACGUACUUACUGCUGCAAAGUCUGAUAAAUGCAUUUAACAUCUGUAAAUCCAAAGCAGACCAGCAGCGCAGAAAGCUUCACGAGGAGAAUUUGACAGAUGGACUUUUGGACCCAAAUCUCAUUAAAGACGCACCCAAACAGAUCAUAGAGAUGCAGAUCAGCAACGCUCCAGAGACUCUACCGGAAAUUACCAAGAUAUGUCGUGACAGAAUAUCAAAACUAAGUUCGUAUCCCCCGGAAGUCACUCAGUAUGUCGACAGCUGUGCAGAAAUCUGUUGGUUCAUGGUUAUUCAGAGUCCUCCAUUUUCUUUGUCCUGGGAAGCGCCCCCUGGCGAGAUGGUAGACACUUCCAAGUACAACUUCUACAGAACAAGUGGGAGAUAUGUGGAUUUUGUUGUGUGGCCAGUACUUUACGACCAUGAAGGAGGGGUUGUGAUAGCGAAAGGAGUGGUCCAGGGACGAAAUUAACGCACAAAGCACACAACUACCAAGAAAUAUAACUAUGUAAAUCAAAUAUACAUGUAUAUGAACUAAUCUGGUGCAAUCAUGAAUAGUGCUGUAGGGGUUUACUACAUUAACAAAAUUAUAUGUAUAUUAUUUUGUCCAUCCUGAAUAAAUAUGCAAAUGGCUAGAGGCACAUUUUGUAAAAACUGUGUUCCUGAAGUUUACAUGUAUAAUCUCAUCACGAAUAAGAGAAUAUGAAUCAUGUGAUCAUGAAAUGAAAUUUCAAAGGACAUGUAAUACCAAGUCUGUGUAUUACAAAAUAUACAUACAUGCAAAACUUGCUGAAUGAAUGAGGCAUCCA